AUGCCUCCAAGUUUGGAUACACUAUCCGGAACCGUGUCUUCAAUAUGGAAGCGCCUCUUCAGAAAUAGUUUGGAUUCGUUCACCUAUACGCCACUGCAUGACGAUGAUGAGAUACGUCUCCUCAUUCUUGCGCCGCGGCCUCGCAAUAGUGAGCCAUUUGGCAGUCGUCGGCUUGGGGACAGUAUUCAACAUGUUCGUCUCUCAGCCUCGCCCUUGUAUACUGCCGUAUCUUGGAUGUGGGGCAAGCAUGGCGAUCGAGUCGACUUUGAAGUUGAUGGUCAUACUCUGAGGGUGCAACGAAACUUGAAAAGGAUCAUUCAACACUUACGACAUGAUUCUCAAACCCGUCGAGUAUGGAUCGACGCUGUCUGUAUCGAUCAAACGAGCAUACAGGAGCGCAAUCAUCAAGUUCAAAUGAUGGGCAGAAUCUACGGAAACGCCAAUUAUGUCGUUGCUUGUUUGACUGAUACGAAUGCCUUAAUAAGAAACCCAUUUGACCUACAAACACCCAAGAACGCUAGUUCCCUCACCCGUCGUGAGGCUUCGGAUGUACACAGCACGUUGUAUUACACGCUACACGAGACAGAGGAGAUGGGUAUUAUAGGCAGCUCUAGUCGUUACCCGAACCCCAUCUCCCAGUGGAGCCGCUUCCUCGAGAAUGAGUACUUCACCCGCCGCUGGAUAAUCCAAGAAAUCACUCUAGCCCAAUCAGUCACAUUCUGCUGUGACGGAUAUCUAAUGCCGAUGAGCACCGUCAGGGAAGCCAUCCAGAGCUCGAGAAUAAGGAGACCGGACAGCGGUCCUUCUGAGUUGCACCAUCAAGCUAUGCGGCUUUGUUCCACGGACCCACAGACAUCGUCUUACACCUCAAUGGAAGAUCUCCUGUACUUGCACGAAAGGGCAGAGUGCUCGGAUUUUCACGACAAGGUCUAUGCAUUAAUUUCACUGACCCCUAAUGCACAAGUUCAUCUCCCAGUUGAUUAUAAUGCCAGCCGGGCCCAGCUUCUGCUGACGGUCUUCAAUUUCUCCCUCACAUACCAAGACUUGUCAACUUUCCGAAUCCUGGGCUUCAUGUCCUUCCUUCGACAACAUCUUGAAGUUAGCAGGGAAGAGCUGCACGGCAGCAUCCACGAUCCCGAGACUCCAUUGUACUCUACCAAUAUCGCCGUCCGGGGUAUCGUGCGCGGUUGGAUCUCAACUGCCCACCCCGGGCUUCUAGUCGAAAUCGAUCAGGAGGGCUUGAGGGACCCGCAGCCUGGUGCAAUCGUCGGGAUUCCCGGAAUUGACCAGAAUCUAUUUACCUUGACCAACCAUAAACCUGGAGACUCAAGGAAUGGAGACUCAAGCGACCGGGCUACAGGCUGGGGAUCGCCGCCGAAGUACAAGCCCACCACCCAGAGCUCUGUUUGUGCCGGUCUUGCGUGCACCAGAGUCCAGUAUGGCGACGAGAUCUGGCAAUUUGAAGACACACCCGUGGCUGUCAUAGCACGCAAGACUGCACGAGGCUACUCGUGGAUAGGACGAGCUUUCCUCAUCCGUGACCACCAAAGAGAUAGGUCAUCAUUGAAGAAUUCAAUAGCGUGGAUCAGGGACAGCACAAAACAUUCACGGGCCACGCCCGUCAUCCACGUUGAUUUGAAGGGGCUGUAUGAGCUGAUGACUUGGGUCAACCUCGACCAAUAA